ACCAUGCAGAGAUAGGUUACAGAUGCGCUUUAAAGUCGAUCUUACAUUUGGCUGUAUUUUGAGGCUUGACAAUCACAUGGUGUUUUCCUCCACGUUACGUCUCGAUUAGUAUUAGUAAUUGUACCUCGAAUAACCCGCAUGCUGGUUGGCUGAGAGGCAGUCAUCCCAUCUUGGUGAAACAAACUCGCCCUGCUCUACAUCGAAGAAGAGGAGGAGGAGGAGGAGGAGGAGGAGGAACUGACGGAUCGCAUCGGCUCUGCACACCCUGCUUUAAUUUUGUCAAAGAAGAGGCUAUUUGACUAAAGCCGGGCCACGGACUGCAGGGGCUGUGGAGGAGGUGGACUAGUGCAAUGAUGACGGGCAAAUCUGUGAAAGACGUUGACAGAUACCAGACUGUCCUCAACUCUUUAUUGGCGCUGGAGGAGAAUAAAUACUGCGCUGACUGCGAAUCAAAAGGUCCAAGAUGGGCAUCCUGGAAUUUGGGCAUCUUCAUCUGUAUCCGCUGUGCAGGUAUCCAUCGAAACCUGGGAGUCCACAUCUCCAAAGUCAAGUCUGUCAAUCUGGACCAGUGGACACAGGAGCAGGUCCAGUGUGUACAGGAGAUGGGUAAUGCCAAAGCCAAACGUCUCUAUGAGGCUUUCUUACCUGAGUGCUUCCAGCGCCCAGAGACAGACCAGUCUGCAGAGAUCUUCAUCAGGGACAAGUAUGACAAGAAAAAGUACAUGGAUAAGGUCAUUGACAUCCAGAUGCUCAGGAAAGAAAAGAGCUGUGACAAUAUACCCAAGGAACCAGUUGUGUUUGAGAAGAUGAAAUUGAAAAAAGACAUCAGCCCCAAGACAGAUUCCCAGUCUGUUACAGACCUGCUUGGAUUAGAUGCCCCAGCUCCAAGUCCUGCAGUGUCUAAUGGUGGAGGAUGUGUUCCAGACAGUAAUGAGAGCCCAGCGGUGUCCAAUCCAGCUCUGGCUCACUCUGCACUGGAUCUCUUCAGCUCCCUGCCAGCACCCUCCUCUGCUUCCUGCACAAAAACCACGCCUAUUUCCAGCUCCAUGCCUCAGAGCAGAGUGACUGCCUCUGUGCCUGAAAACCUCAGUCUGUUCCUGGGUCCGUCGCCUAAAGCAGAGGAGGGUACUGUCAAGAAACUGUCCAAGGACUCAAUACUCUCCCUGUACGCCUCCACCCCCUCAGUGCACGCCAGCAGUAUGGCAGCUCACGGCUUGUACAUGAACCAAAUGGGAUACCCGACACACCCAUAUGGAUCGUACCAUUCUUUAGCUCAGGCAGGUGGAAUGGGUGGUGCCAUGAUGACACCACAGAUGGCCAUGAUGGGCCAGCAACAGAGUGCCAUGAUUGGAGUUCAACAGAACAGCAUAAUGGGACAGCAGAAUGGCGUAAUGGGUGCACAGGGUGUCAUGGCCCAGCCUAGUGGCGUGAUGGCGUCACCCUACAUGACAGGGAUGACCCAGGGCAUGAUGGGACAGCAGCACAGUGGAAUGAUGGUACAGCAGCAGAGUGGGAUGAUGGGGCAGCAGCAGGUUGGAGGUUUACCUCAUCAGCAGGUGUAUGGAGUGCAACAUGCCCAGCAGCUACAGUGGAACCUCACCCAGAUGACUCAGCACAUGGCCGGUAUGAAUCUCUACAACACCAAUGGCAUGAUGGGAUACAGUAGUCAACAAAUGGGAGGCUCAACAACUCCAAGCUCAGCGCACAUGACGGCACACGUUUGGAAAUGAUCUCAUCUACCCAGGAAGUGAUGCAAUGCCAUUAACCCACAAAAGAGAGGGGGACUGAGUUGUAGAAAUCCCUGGAUCAGACUCUCCAGGAGACAUUUUCUAAUGCAAGGGACGAGGAGGAGAAGGAGGAGGAGACAGGUGUGAAGAAGACGACCGUUUGGGAAGCCACUACUACCUCUCUUUCUCUCUCCUCUCUGCCCAUGCUUCCCCUUCUCAACCCAUCCAUGGCCAUGUUUCGCAUAUUUCCAUGCUUGCCUUCAGAAACCUUUGGUAUGAUGACCAUGACAACAGGGUUCAGAGGUUCAAUGGUUUGGACUACACGUCUUUCUUUGUACCUCGCCUCUGUGUGCGAUCGUCUGCGCACACUUCUGCUGUAUGUGGGUGUCAACUCAUGCUUGACUUAAAAGUUGGGUUUUUUGAGUGAGUUUUUCUUUCUUGAUCAGAAUCAGAAUUGAGAAAACACAAUGCCUAGCCUAGCUUAACUCAAUUGGUUGAUGUGCUUGAAUAUCGUUUACUG